AUGUUGUACAAGAGGAUCCAGCCUACUGUUAGGCGCACUGGCCUGUCUGCAUUUACUCAUCUGCUUUUUGGACCUCCACGACUCAGCAGGGAACUACACGCUGAGCGGGAUUUAGUUUUGGCAAUAGCACAAUGUCCGCUGGACAACAGCCAACAGAUUCACGUAAGAGUCUUGCAGACCAUAUACAAGAAGCUUACUGGUGCUCGCUUUGACUGUCCUUUGUAUGGGUCACACUGGGAGCAGCUGGGAUUCCAAGGUAAGGCCCCCGAUCCGGGAACGGAUCUAAGAUGUUCAGGAUCCUUGGGCACUAGAAAUAUACUUCAUUCUGUUCUUCGUCCUUCCAUAGCGCAGGUUACUCAUGGAAUUUUUUAUCUGAGCCAACAUUAUGUUCAGAAUUUCCCAUUCUGCAUUAUGUCCAUUAAUAUCACUAGAAUUUGCAUCCAGGUGCUGAGAGAGGAGCGUGUGACUAGAGAGUGUAACCGCAGACAGCAAGUGUUCGCCGUUCUCAAUGACUUAUACGUGGCUAUCUUUUACCACCUGUACCAUGUGUGGAAGACUCAGAAUAAAACUAUCAGUGAUUCGGGCUUUAUACUCAAAGAAAUUGAAAUUUUUGCAAAGAAACGCCCAAAAGAAUUGCUGCGCCAGCUUGAAAGUCACUUGAAAGAGAGGCCUCUGCCUAAAGAUCUACCCCCUGAAAUCUGGUCACAGCACCCAACAGAACCAGGAAGCCCCAAUCAUGAUGAACGCAGAGGUCAAAGCGAAGGAGGCAUCUGCUUCACUGGAGUUUGUGAACAGCAUGUGCAGGAGGACAGACUUAUCUGAGAUGUAUCAAGCAAAAAAAGAGACAAGGACUUAGCAAGUUUUCUGUCCCAGAAUGCAGUGAGAAGACUAUUGCUCGGAAGCACAGGUGGCACACAGCUGGGGUGUGUUUCAUGUAGAUUUGAGAAGAUCCAUAAUGUCUAUAAAAGAGCUACUAUACAGUAUGCAGAACAAACCUCACAUUUUUUAAAGGGACUUUGUAGUGCAAAAAUACCCAAUGAGCCAAUCAGCAGCAGCAAUUGCACAGCUAUGUCAAUCAUUGGCUGUGUUCAGCAUAAAGAUCCACUGCAGUUAGAGCAAAAAUUUAAACAAAUCUGAGCGUGUCAUAUUUCCUCUACAGUGUCCCUUUAAAAAUGAAAUGCUUGCAUGAAUUAGAGCAUUUUAUUUACUUUGUGUUUAACCUCUUCCUAAAGGGUUAGAUACAUAGUCAAUUGUAUUGUGGCUGGGUGUUUUUGACUCUGUUUAACAACUUAGCAGGGAUUCAGCACAUAAUAAGAAUGUAAAUAUAUUUUAAAAUAAAAUGCUCUAACAUCAUACAGCAUUCUGCUAUACUAGAACCUCCCUUCUUUAGAUUUUAUGUUCUGGUGGAUACAAAUGCUAACCACUGCUCUACAACGCUACCAGAUCUCUCUUUAGGGCAGAGCAAGAGGCAGGAGAUUACAUAGGGCUUGUUAACCUCCAGAGAAAUGAGCUCACUAUUACGCUGUUCAUCCAUAGUCUGCCAUUGCUUCAGUAAGAGUUCUACAAAUCAAUCAGCAUGAAGAUUACUUUCCCAUCUCACAUAUGGAUUUUUAUUGCACUACCAAGAUUUGCACUAGAAAUGAAUAUAUUAAUCUUUUGGCAUAUACAUAUAUAUAUAUAUAUUUUUAGAGGUGCAAGAUUUAAUGUUUGUGUCAUCUCAGUGUGACUUCCCUUUUGUGACACAUUCCAUGUCUUAUUCUAUUCUUGAUAUAAAGAAUUAAAAAAAGGGUAAAUGAAAUAGCUUCCAAGAAAGUGAAGUCAAGAAAAUCUUUGUCCUACAGGUUGCUGCUUCGGAAAAUCCAAUUUUCCAACUAUGAACAAAACAAGAGGGGGCGCCCUACAUUGUAGAGUCUCCAUCUUUACCUCUUAGCAGCCAUUUUUAAGCACCCUGUAGCCAGGAUAUCAUUGACGUUUUCUCUUGAGUAAUUGUUUUUUUCUGCAGUUAGACUGCUAAAUGUGAAGUGAAUUUUUUUUAUCUUAGAACAGGGAUAAUGGUUUAUUCAACUUCUGAUCAAUCUUCUAUAUACCAAUUGCCAAUGAAAAUGUAUGAUGAAAGUUGACAUAACUUUGUUAGUCAGUGACCUGUCUUACUAGAACAUUUUUAAUACAUUCUUUUCAUUUGUUUUAUUAAUCACGCUUUUUCCUAAAUAUAUACAUGUAGUCUGA